AUGAAGAAAAUGGCGCAAAGGAGAGCGACGGUGCGCGGCGGCCGACGGUGGAGCGCGGAGCGAGCCUACCUGCGGCCGGCGCUGGGCAGGCCUAACCUGAGCGUCCUGACAGGGGCGACGGCCACGCGGCUCAUCAUCGACCCGGCCACCAACUCCACGCGCGGCGUCUGCUUCGUACGGGGCGGACGUGCGCAGGAGGUGCUGGCAGACAAGGAGGUGAUUCUGUCCGCGGGCGCCAUCAACUCCCCGCAGCUGCUGAUGCUGUCCGGCGUGGGACCUCGCGACCACUUGGAGAGCCUGGGAAUCCCCGUCGUGCAGGACCUGCCAGCCGUGGGGCAGAACCUGCAGGACCACCCCGCCAUGGGCGGAAUCUCUUUCACCGUCAACGAGUCCGUCACCAUCAUCGACAAGAGGGACGCCCUCAAUCCGGUCAAUUGGCUCGACUACCUGGUACGGGGCAAAGGGCCUCUCACACUGCCAGGCGGCGCAGAGGCGUUGGCGUUUGUGCGGACGCCGCUGGCGGAGGGCCCGGGCCCCGACGUGGAGCUGGUGAUGGGCGCAGGAGCUCCCUCCGGCGACUCGCUGGGCUUCCUGCGGCGCCUCGUUGGCUGGCGGCGCGGCGCGUGGCGGAGUGUGUGGGGCGCCGCGGCCGGCCGGGGCGCCGACGCCUGGUCCCUGGCCGCCGUGCUGCUGCGGCCGCGCUCCCGCGGCUCCGUGCGCCUGCGCAGCCGCAACCCGCUGCAGGCGCCCGUUCUGCGGGCCAACUACUACGACGACGAGCGGGACCUGCAGGCGCUCGUCCACGGCAUCAAGUUUGUACGUAAGCCGCUCUUCGCGCUAGGCCGAUUUACCGCCGGUCCCCAGACUCCUCCCGCUGCACUGUGA